AUGCCGACUACAAGAUGGAUUGUUAAGCAAUCGGGCUCUAAGUAUUUUUACAUUGGAACAUUUUUCAAGGCUGAUUGGUACCAAUCCAUGACGUUUUGCACUUAUCAUGGAAUGCAAUUGGCUAGCAUUACCACUGAACAAGAACAUAAGGAUGUGGUGACUCAGUUGGAAGACUUUGGUUAUGGUAAAGAUUCUCAUUUUUGGACCUCUGGAAACGAUUUAUCAGUUGAGGGCAGGUUCGUUUGGUCAGGCAACGGCCAAAAUUUCGGCCGAUUUACCAAAUGGCUGGAAGGCGAACCAAACAAUACCAAAGUGGACGACAAGGAUGAAGACUGCGUAGAAUAUUGGUAUAAAGGAGAUGAAGGUUUCAAAUGGAACGAUCAGUUUUGCACUAACCAAGCAAAUUUUAUAUGUGAAUUAGUGUACUAA